AGUUUGGAGCUCAGCAUCCGAUAGCCACCUUCCUUCAUAAGCCGGACGAACCGUGAAACCGAGCUCGGCCGCAAUGCCUCCCUCGGCCUCUGCCGCUGCUACGCUCGCUGAUAAUGAUGGCAACCACCGGGCUCCCCCAGAAACAGAGCAGCAAGGCUCCGAUUCGGAUGCAGGAAACAUCAAUGAUGAUGAAGAGGAAAUAGAGGUUGAAGAAGAGAUAGAGGUAGAAGAAGAUGAUGUCGAAGAGGAUUCGCCUCGUUCUUCACGUGGAAGCGAUGUAAGUGACAUUAUGGAGUCCAACAGGAAAGGCAGAAAUCAGGGGUCUGUUUCUUCCAUUCAGGAAAAAUGUGGAACUGUGCUACCAUCUAGGAAACUUGCUAUGGGAGAUAAUAGUGGUAGUUCCAAGUUUUCUGGCCUUCCAACUAAAUUUUUGAGAACAGGAAUGGAGGAUCAAGGCAUAAACUUUAAGCUUUCCAAGUAUCAAACAGCUGCAGUUAGCGAGAAGGAUGCUGGUGGCAGGGGUCAUUUGUGUGUGGGUGAGAUUAUGGACAGGGUUGCCAAUUCAUCUAGUGUUACUGGGAAUCAGGUGGUUCCUUCACUUCCAAUAGGAUAUGGCUCUGGAGAAGUGGUUAAUGGUAUUUCUUGUUUUGGAGAAGAAAUUCGGCGAAUGCACAUGCAGUCAGCAGAUGAUAGAAAGAGAAUGGUAUCAAGAUCUGCUGCCCCUGAUACGAGGACAGAAAUUCUAUCCCCAGCUGUUGAUUUUAACAAUAACAACAAACGCCCAGCAAUUAUCUGUGACUUCUUUGCUAGAGGGUGGUGCAUCAAGGGAAGUUCAUGUAGUUUUCUUCAUAAAAGAGAAAAUGAAAAUGUUGCUGGCCAAGAAGGGGGUUCCACCCCUGCAGAUAGGCAACACGUUCUCCAGCUUGAUGAAGGCUUGAGAAAUGCUAUGCGCACUCCCCCUGUCUCCAAGCAAUAUUCUUCAUCCAUAGAUGAUCUCAGGUCAUUUAGGGAUAUAAGGAGAGAAAGUGAAGGUCAAAAUUUGCCUGCUGAUGAUUACAUGAAAUCUUCUUCGCUUAUUAACAUUGGAAGUUCCCCGGUGUUCAGGAGCAGCUUCCUAUCUGAAUGUAGAUCUUCAUCAAAUGUUCUAGUUAUAUCUUCAGACAAUUGCCAGAGUCGUAAUCAAUCUUCUCAUAUAAGCAAUCUGGAUGAACUGGCUCACAGGAAUUAUUAUAGGUUCAAUUCUCCUUCUUCACUAGGUCCAUUGCUCUCUGCUGAUUAUAAAGCAACUAUUUCUUCAGAUGAUUGGGAACCAUCUUUACCUUUUCAACCGUCCUUUUUCAUUAUUCCUAGCACAUCAUCUUCCCAAAGUCAGUAUGAUCCUCUGCGUGAUAGCAUUGACUUGCCACAGAUUGGAGAUAGAGAUUUCAAGUUUUCCUUCUCUGCUCCUGGUAUAUCUGUAUUGAAUGCAACACGUCAGCAGAUAUAUGGUGAUUCUACAUCGACAGGGACACCAGUUCUUGAGUGUAAUGGUGAUAACAGUACUACACUUAAUAGAAUCCAGGAAGAUGUUUUGAACAAUAAUUGCUACACAUCUGGGAAGUAUUCACUUGCAAGUGAUGCAAAAACAGAAGGAACUUCUGUGGUUGACAUACAGAUUGAAACAUUAGUCAAAGAUGAGAAUUCUUCUGAUGCCUCUCAUGUGAAAGGCUUUUCAAAGAAAAGCACAGUUGAUAAGGAUUUGGAUGGUAGACAUCAAAGUGAUGGGUCUACAUGCAGAAGAGACUUAAAAGUAGAUAGGUUCAUACAAAAUAAUGAAAUAGUUGUUGAGCAGAAGUUAGAUGGCGAUGUGCAGAAAGAAUCAAAAACAGCAAGACAUUUCCGUGCUGCUCUCAUAGAUUUUGUGAAAGAAAUGUUGAAGCCAACCUGGCUUGAGGGGCAUUUAAGCAAAGAUGCUCAUAACACAAUAGUAAAAAAAGCAGUUGACAAGGUUCUUAGCAGUUUGCAGCCUCACCAAAUUCCAGCUACAAUGGAUUCUGCCAAGCAAUACCUGUCUACGUCCCAACCAAAAAUUGCCAAGCUAAUCAAGGGAUAUGUUGAAAGAUAUGGCAAAUCUUGAGGGAGCAAGCUUCUUCAAUUUGUAAAGUUUUCUAUACAUAUUUUGUUAAUAUAAAACCACAUCUUUGUUGUCCUGCUAGUGGGAUCUGUUGUUUAGCUCCUAAAAACUUUCAGGUUUCAGCUUCUGGAUUAAUUUUGGUUAUAGCAUGUCAAUCGAGCAUUUUUGUAUGGAUGUUUUUACAAUCACGGUGUUUAACAGUAUAGUCUAGAUUGCAGUGUCACAGCAGCAGUAAUUUCAUAAACUAUAACCUAGUUUUAACAGCUAAUAAUGUAUAAUUACUAGAGUACUUUAUAUUGAUCCUUUAUUAAGAACGAGGCUUGUUAGUUGGUAGGACUAUAUGAAGUAUCUACUCUUACAGAACCUAACAUUUUAAGUUGAAGCACAUUGUUUGUGAAUGAAAAAUUUUCCAAUGCUUUGUUAUGAUUGUGGAAGACGGACCAGCAAGUUGGAAGGCAGGAAGGCUUUCACGAAAUGGACUUGACUAUUGGAUUGGAUUACUAGGAUGUGACAGCUACUAACUGACUGGCGAGAAAUGUAAAUUAAGAGUAGAAAUUUAG